GUACCAUCUUGGGUGAAUAAUUUUCAUAGUUAUUUUUUGAAGGAUAAACAUCUCUACCUUCAGAAAAUGUAUGAUAGCAUUCAAUUGAUUGUGGCUUUAAUAGUGUAUCAACUGUUUAUAUACAUCAACCCAAAUUCUUCGUUCUUUCAUUUGUGUCUGUGAAAGAAAAGGGUGUGGUUUUCAAUACGCAAUUUACAUCUUCUUUCGAAUGGUUUUUUAUUGAAAAUUCUUUUGAAUGCAGACCAUGCUAUUACCCUGUCCAAUUAUUUUUCAAUAUUGGCCCUGUAAUGAGUCCUGUAAACUAUAUUAUAAUAUAAGUCUACCAUUGAUUUAAAGAAGUGGAAUAUGCAGUUUUGAAAUUUUAAUAAGCAGAAAGAAAUUACUACUGUGACAAUUUUCACAUCAAAACAUAUUGCAUGGUCAUUUCAUUUAAAGAAUUGUAUUCAAUUAUUAACAUUUAAAAACAUUGUUUCAGUAACAAAUAUAUAUACUUGAUUUCAAAUCAAAUUUUUAUCCCUACCCUAAAAAUGAAAAUUGAAGAAAAAUUCCCUUGAUUUACUCUGUGCGUACAUUCUUUACUUUACAUAGAGAUUAUACUAUUAUAGAUUUUUGAUUAAGAACAGUUGGGUACUUUUGACAAAGGAUGUGUGAAACAGACCCAUCAAGUCAAUAUGUCAUAAGGUCAAAAGGGUAUAACAUAUUCUAAAACAGUAUCCUAAUAAUCUCUAUUUUUCAUGUGUCACAAAUGAAAUAUGCUUUUUUACAGGUUUGAUGAAGUGAUAACAUGGCCGAGAACAAAUCCAGAUGCAUUAUUCACAUGAACAAAUCAAUAGAUGAUGAUGAACACUUAAUAAGUCCUGUAAACUAUGAAUCAUGGCUUACAUUGUUAGAAGCUGCUAGAAUUAGAAAUCAUGAACCAGUUUUAAAACUUUCAGAAAAACUCGAAGAAAAGGAAAUUCCUAAAAUAUACCAUCAUCGAAAAUGCCGAAGCCUCUUCACCAUGAAGAGGAUUUGGAUACUUUGAAAAGGAAAGCAGAAGAAAGCCCAUCUGACGAGGCAGGAAGUAGCGGAAGAACAUCAAAAAGAUCAAGCAGAAAAUCAUCGACAGAGGCAAGAGUGUAUGAACAGAAAUGUAUUUUUUGUGACCAAGAGAAACGGGUUAAGAACAUUCAAUCACGAGAAAAACUUGUCCAAGCAGUACAGCUGCGAGCAGACAAAACAUUACGAGAAUGUGCUAUUCAGAGAGGUGAUGACAAAAUCAUUGCAGUUACAAGUAGGGAUAUCGUUGCUGCUGAAGCUCAUUAUCAUAUUUCUUGCUACAAGGAGUACACCAAAGUCAAGAAAUCUGAACUGAAAGAUACAGAUCAAACAAACACUGAAUCUGAUGGAGAUGAACAAUAUCAAAAAAUUGUAAGAGAGGCAUAUGAGAAACUAUUUGAAUUUAUCAGAAGUGAUGUUCUUGAUAGCAAAAGUAUUGUACCCGUUACGUUUUUGACAGAAAAGCUAGAAUCUAUUAUGCUGUCCUUAGGAGUUCAGCAUAUGCAAGACACAACAAGGAAACAUAUUCGAAGAAAACUGGAGACGGAGCUUGGCGAAUCAGUUGAUAUUUUGCCAGACAACAAAGGAAAGCUUCUCAUGUUUCCUGAAGGUGUUUUAUUGAGGGACGUUGUUGUAGAACACAAGAUGAAACACACCCUUUAA